AUGGAUCGCAAGUUUCAAUCCGGGCAACUGUCAGUGGGGAGUGCAUACAACCCCCCACCACUCAACGAAGCCGUGUCAUAUCGGCGUUUGCAGAGCGCAGCCAGUAGCUCGUCUGGCAUCGAGAAUCAUAUCUUAGUUCAUGGGCAAACGCUGGAUUAUAAUAUCCAUGCUGGAUUCUGCUCUGCUGGAAAUAGAGAUAUCAAAAUCAGACAAGCCGGCUGUCAGAAAAUAAUUAGCAGCGUGUUAGUUAAAUGGCAUCCCCUUCCCCCUUUGGGCUCCACCAAAUAUUUCACCCCGUCGACGUGCUCUGUAGAACCAGAAAUGCUCAUACAACACACUCUACCCAGGCGCGAAGCUGGAUGGCAUCGUUUCACCCUACAUGAGAAGCGCCAGCAAAUCCAUUGGACCCUCUUGAACUUGCGCGUAGUCGACUUCCGCCGGCAUUCAGAAUACUUGUUUGGCGGCUUUGCUCUCAACGUUGAUUGCUGCGUCGUCUCUUCUGGCCAUUUACCCACUGUUGGCGCUGCUCUUCCUGAUCUGCAUCAGUUCCGUUUGCGGUCUCCUCUGCGCCGUCCCCGCCGCACUCUUGCUCACCCCAUUAUAAUCCCGCCAUUCUCGCUCAGACUCUCUGAAACGGUUUCAGUUGUCGCAUCCGACACACAUGUCGAGUCCGAUCUCAUCUCCCUUGAUGUUGGCGAGGACAUGACCGUCGCAGACCUAAAAGCUGUCAUCCAAAGCGAUAUAAACAUACCUUCAUCUGCAUUACGUCUUUUCUUCAAUAACAAGCUCCUCACCAGCGAUUCCCAAACUUUAUCUCAAGCCACAAUUCGGGAGGGGGACAUGCUUGCCAUGCAAAUCCAGACCCAGACAGCAAGCCCGCAGCAGCAGCAACAAGGGCAAAACAAUGUCCGGCGCCAAGCAGGUGCGAAUCCAGCUAUACAGGAUGCACUGGCUAGGAGGCAGGCAGAAAUGCCAGAUCCUGAGACGUUACGACUCCAUAUGCUUGGAGACCCGAGAGUGUUGGAAGGGGUGAGAAGACAAAACCCUGCGUUAGCAGAAGUAGCAGAAAAUGCCCAGCGGUUCCGUGAAGUGUUGCUUAUGCAACAGCGGCAAGAGGCAGAGGCAUUAGCUGCGAGGGAAGCGAAGAUUGCCAUGUUAAAUUCCGAUCCCUUUAAUGUAGAUGCGCAGAAGGAGAUUGAGGAAAUUAUUCGCCAAAAUGCGGUUAUGGAAAAUUUACAAGCUGCGAUGGAGCAUACACCAGAAGCUUUUGGACGAGUAAGCAUGCUGUAUGUUCCUGUCGAAGUGAAUGGCCACCGAGUUAAGGCCUUUGUCGACUCCGGUGCCCAGGUCACAAUAAUGUCACCAGAGUGUGCAUCUGCAUGCCAUAUCAUGCGUUUAAUUGAUCGUCGCUACGGUGGUGUCGCGAAAGGCGUUGGGACUGCUGAUAUCUUGGGGCGCGUGCACUCUGCGCAGAUCAAGAUCGGGGAUAUAUUCCUUUCCUGCUCAUUCGCUGUUAUGGAUGGCAAACAUAUAGAUCUUCUCAUAGGGCUCGACAUGCUCAAGCGACAUCAAGCCUGCAUUGACCUGCAAGAUAACGUCCUAAGAAUCGCAGGCCAAACCGUGCCUUUCCUUAGCGAAGCAGAAAUCCCUAAGCACGAUGAGCUUGAGGGCGAGCCUCUGGUGCAUGGUCGGGAUGGCGCAAUUGUCGGUGCCAGAUCAGGCGCAGUUGCCCAACCGGCCGGCCAACCUUCAUCCUCCGCCCCGCCGUCCCAGUUCAGGCCAGCAAAUUCACCCUCCCCUUCGUCCUCCACACCAAGAAUAAACAUCCACCCUUCCCCUUCCAACCCGUUGUCGUCCUCCAAUAGCCAUGACCUUCAACCUCCCGCUCAACCUUCCUCCAGCUCUCCUGUACCUGCCUCGCCAUGGCCCGCAGAGUUAAUAUCCAAGAUAACAGAUUUGGGGUUCACACGGGAAGAAGCAGUGCAGGCCCUCGAAGCUGCUGGUGGGGAUGUUGAAGGAGCCAUCGGUUAUCUUAUCUAA